AUGUUUCCUUUGCGGCUACUACUUGUUUUAUCGGUGGCCAGUUAUAGCUCAUGCAUUCCCCAGCCAUACGACUCAAUAGUGGUAGGAAUGGGGUCCGCUGGGGUCACGGCAGCCACAAUAUUGGCCAAAGCUGGCAAGCGAGUGCUGGGCUUAGAAGCAAUGGAUCGAAUUGGUGGAAGAGUGAAGACAGUACAAUUUGGGGGAGGUAUUAUUGAAGAGGGAGCUGAAUGGAUUCACGGAACACAAAACAGCCGCGUAUAUGAUUUAGCUGUACAGAAUAAUAUUACAGUUAUACCUCAGGACUUCGAUUUUCUUAUUUUCCGCUCAGAUGGGAACCAGACAUUGAUGCCAGUUUAUUACGAACUUUUUAAUCUCUGCUUUGAAAAGGCUGUAAAUACAAGUGAUGUAUCCUUUGAGAGUACUGCUGAUUAUUUGACGGCUGAAAUAAUAUCAUAUAUAAAAAAGAACUACCCACACUUAGAACAUGACAAGCAAUUCAUAGAUGAAUUUUUGGAUGUCAUGAAUCUCUUCAUAAAUGCAUAUGAAGCGUCAUAUGACUGGCAUGACGUCACGACGAGGUCAACAGCUGAAGAACUUGGCGGACAUUUGCAUAUGAGCUGGCAUAAGUUUGGAUAUAAAACCUUUUUCGAGUUGAUGCUAAACACAUAUAACAAUGGACCAGGCCUGCAAAAUUUGGACAUAAAAUUAAAUACUGAAGUGACUAAAAUCAUAUGGCCAAAAGACACAUCCGGUGAGGUUAAAGUUGUUUGUGCAGAUGGACAAACAUACACAGCAAACAAUGCUAUAGUAACCGUGUCAUUGGGAGUGCUGAAAGAGAGAUACGACACGCUAUUUUCACCAGAAUUGCCAGACGACAAAAUUACAUCGAUACAAAAAAUGUCGAUUGGUUUAGUCGAUAAGGUUAUUUUGAAUUUUCCCCACAAGUGGUGGGAUCAAAACAAGGUUUACGUUAUGAUCGAGGCUGAUAAAUCCAAUGAUCUAUGGUUUACGAGACAUGGGGAUGUUUCCACGCCCCUCGCUCUAGACACAGCCUUGACUAUAUGGUUGGCGGGUGAAGCCGCUAAGACGUGCACGGCUUUCAGAUACGUCAUUUUUCAUCCUCCUCUACCCAAAGACAAAAUCAUGGCCAUAGAUAAAAUUGCAUUUGGGGUUGUUAAUAAAAUAAUCCUUGUAUUUGAUGAAGCUUGGUGGCCCAAUCGUUUGUAUUUUCCAUGCAUAUGGUAUACUGAAGAUAGAGUAAAUUUAUCGGAAAGUGAUCUGUGGUUGUCCCAAAUACGUGGGGCAAGUACAUCUUUAGCUUGCAAAAACUCGCUUACUCUAUGGAUUACUGGUUAUGCUGGCAAAUGGGCAGAGACAUUGACAGAUGAAAUAGUUCAACAAAAAUCCAUGGAGUUGCUAAGACGCUUCAUGGGCAAGAACUACACUAUACCGGAACCUAAUGGAAUUCUGAGAUCGAAAUGGCACUCCAACCCUUUCGUCCGUGGCAGUUACACCUACGACAACCUAGAGACCCCUAAAUACCCUAAAGCUAGGGAGAAUUUAGGAGCUCCACUAUUAGACGCUAGUGGGACCCCUAGAGUGCUAUUCGCGGGUGAAGCGACCAAUCCCUUACAUUAUGCUACCGUCCAUGGCGCAAGUGAGACUGGCUACAGAGAGGCAAUGAGAUUAUUAAAUGCCUAA